GUUGAUAACCACCUUCGCUUCGUAGGACCGUUUAGCGUGAUCGUGGUUGUUAGGGUUAGUUAAGCCAGAUAACACACAGAUAUCCUGGGUAUGUUGAACUCGCUUCGUAGUACAAGCCUCUGGUGUGUAGAGACUCACGUGGGCAAAGCGGAGCGGUUGCAGAAGGAGCUGCUGAUGCAGGUGCAGAAGUGGGGAAGGAUUUAGUGAAUUUGUCAAACUCAGUACUCUUGUUUCGGACAAAUUAUUUCUAAUAAAUAACUGACUUGCAUCAUCGCCCCCAAGACUGAAGCCAGACCACCGUACAUCUUCCUCCGUGUUGCCAUCACCAUUGUGCAGGGACUAUGCUGAUGAAGGAGUACCGCAUCUGCAUGCCUCUUACAGUGGAGGAGUACCGGAUUGGCCAGCUGUAUAUGAUCAGUAAACACAGUCAUGAACAGAGUGAACGUGGGGAGGGGGUGGAGGUGGUCCAGAACGAGCCUUAUGAGGACCCCGAGCACGGAUCAGGCCAGUUCACAGAGAAACGAAUCUACCUCAACAACAAGCUGCCCAGUUGGGCCAGAGCAGUGGUCCCUAAAAUCUUCUAUGUCACAGAGAAGGCUUGGAACUAUUACCCGUACACUAUCACAGAGUACACGUGCUCCUUCCUGCCCAAGUUUUCCAUCCACAUAGAGACCAAGUACGAGGACAACAAAGGGAGCAAUGAUAAUAUCUUUAGCAGUGAGCCCAGAGACGGGGAAACAGAGGUUUGUUCCGUGGACAUCGUCUAUGAUGAGAUCCCCGAGCGCCACUACAAGGAUUCAGAGGACCUGCGGUAUUUUAAGUCAAAGAAGACUAACCGAGGCCUCCUGAAGGAAGGAUGGAUCAACAACCAAGAGCCCAUUAUGUGCUCCUACAAACUGGUCACGGUGAAGUUUGAGGUCUGGGGCCUGCAAACACGUGUGGAGCAGUUUGUGCACAAGGUGAUUCGAGAUGUCCUGCUUUUAGGACACAGGCAGGCGUUUGCCUGGGUGGAUGAGUGGAUUGACAUGACCAUGGAGGAAGUCAGAGAGUACGAGCGCGCCACACAAGAAGCCACCAACCUGAAGAUUGGCACUUUCCCUCCUGCCAUCUCCAUCUCAGAGACCCCCCUGCCAUCCUGCACCCGCAGCGGCCCUAACAGCGCCCCGACCACUCCCCUCUCCACAGAAGCCCCAGAGUUCCUGUCGGUGCCAAAGGAGCGUCCCAGGAAGAAGUCGGCUCCUGAGACCUUGACCCUGCCGGAUCCGGGCCGCAGGGAUUCACUCUUCAAGCUGCCGAACUUCUUCUCCUGGAACUCCAGUCCGCAGCCAGAAUGAGAGCCAGGCUGCGCCACUGGUGAGCGCCCUCGACCCGUGGAUCAGUGGAGGAUGCCUACCCAGCACAUCCCACAAUGCCCCCUCAGCCAGCUGAAGUGAAGGAGAGUUUUCACUGUCCUGGUGAUCCCAGCCCCCUCAGCAGACCCGCCGGUGUUACAGCAAAAGCCAACCGCUUUCAGACUGCCUUUACAGGUACAGACAGGCAGCCUGAUCUCCAUAGCAAAAAGUCCUGCGAGGUGUAAAGGUAUAGUACGUCCCACUGAGAGCAACAAAAGCAGCUGGAGGCUCCUCAUUCUUCUCUCCUCCUCAGAAAAGCCAGCACCAUGCAUCAGACAGUAUUAGUCAGAUUGAGUGUAGCGUACAUUCCUGAAAAUGUUUUAUCCCACAGAUUCUCGCCUGUGUUGACAAGAUAUGUUAAUAUUCCGUCACCGCACAUCAACUUUACAUGUACAUAAUUUGUUUAUUUGUUCUUCUUUCAGCAUCUGAGUCUCUGGCUUUGUUAACUGGAGGUUGUGGUUUGACGUAUCUGUUUAUGUGGUUGGGACUUUUUCGACAGAUUCUUGUUGGCCACUGUAUCAGUUGAGUAUUAUGGUUUUCACAGUCAGGUGUAAGGUGAUUGUGUAUUCUUGUAUAUACUGUAUGAACAUUAUUUAACCGGUAAAAUGUCAGUACUUAAAAAAUAGUAAUAUAUAUCCAGUGAUGAUGCUGCUAUGAAAUUGCUCGUGUGUUUUAGGAACGUGACUCUCUAUCAUCUUUAGGUGUUUAUUAAAGUGAGGUCUGUAAAUGAAUUAUGUAACCGCAUGAUUUAAACUGCAGAGGCUGCUUUUAAAUAUUAAAUGUUCUCUUUUAUCUCCGUCAUCUCGGUCUCACACUUGAUGCUGUGUUUUAACAGACUGGUCUGUGGUUUGCAUGUUGCUUUGCUGAUUUAUUCUUUUCAACUGUAUUCUUUUUUUUUUUUGUCAUACUGUUGAUGAGUUUUGUAUUCAGUA